UUCUUCGCCGUCGUCUUCCUCUGUUGCUGCUCCUUACAAAUAACAUGAGCACUGCAACUGUGAGCAAAAAUCGGUCUGUUUUAAGUGGGAAAAAAACAAAACAAAAACAAAACCCCCUGCAACAAACACACAUAAAAAUUGAAAUGAGCCUUCCUUCAAAUUUUAAUGUACUGCCGCUUUUUAUUUCAUGGACUUUAACUAUUAAGCUAUAAUAACUGCAGCGUGGGCAAAAGUUUUGGUUAAACAUAAUACAUCUGCCAUAUUUUCGAAUUCUCCGAAAAAGAGCUGACCAUGAAAAAUAAAAUAAAAAAAGCUAAGGUCAUAGCUGUGUUGUUUUGUGUGUUUGGUAAAGAUGGAAAUUAGAAUAACAAAUGGUUCAUUUGUAUUUGCAUGUAAAUCCUCCUCAGAAAAAUACGUUUCAGGUGUACUCUAAUGUUGCAUUGCACCAAUACACAAGACAUUGUAAUAUUUUCUGCACAUUAUAAACGGAUGGUUCAUAUUUUCAGUUUUUUUUAAUCCUUCAUGAAUACUUUAGCUGUAACAGACAUUCGGUCUGUGCAGCAUUAAUUAUUAUUCCCUCACAUUAAAGCUAGUUCUGAUAAACAUCUAGAAUUCCUGCCAUUUAAUUAAUUCAUAAUUGAAUGAAAAAAGAUAUUCUCUUCUUCUCCAUAUCAUUUUCAGAGUGUGGAGUUAUUAAUUAUAUUCUUUUGAGCAAAACUGAUCUAAUGCUGUCAAGUAACUUGGUUUCACGAGUGCAUAUGAGUUUCCGUUAUCUUGUAGACUGCAGCAGAUUUUUCAUAAUUUUUGUAUUUUGAUGCAUUCAUGUCACUGUUUGUCUUCAUAAGCUAAAACUGCACACUGCUGUGCAUCUCCUUUGAUUCAGAGUUUACUACAUGCCUUUUAGCAAAUACUAGUCCAGAAGAUUUCUCAAGCAACUUUAAGGUACUUGCAAAAAACUGACCGUGUGCCCAUGUGGGUGAGAGUGAUAGAGUAUGUUUAUGUUGGAUCACCCCAACCGGUCGAGACAGAUGACCACCCACAACUGAAUCCGGUUUUGUCAGAGAUUUCUUCCUGUUAAAAGGAUGUUUUUUCUCUCCACAGUCGCCAAGUCGCCAAGUGCUUGCUCAUUGUGGGUUUUCUUUGUAAUAUUGUAUUAUUGACCUUACUAUGUAAAGUGCCUUGAGACAAUGUGUGUUGUGAUUUGGCGCUAUGCAAAUAAAAUUGAAUUGAAUUGAAAAAAAAUGUAAGUAUUAAAUUUGCUAAAUGUAACGAUUAUCUGGAGCACAAAUUCUGCUGAACACUGGAAAGAGCACAGUGUUCAAAUUGCUCAGUCAUUUUGUGUCCUCAGUCCUCGUAGGCUCCCCCAGUAGUGAGUUUGGAAGGGGACCUAACCAGAUUUUGAUCAAGAUAGUUGUAGACGCUAAGAUAAAAAAAAACAUGAAACUGUAAUUUACACGGACAAGGUUCUGUUAUUUAAUUGUAGUUAACCCUGGACAGGCGACUAUCUCUGCAUUACUUCGACUUAUGUUGCUCUAUGGUCUAGUGCCGGGAAUAGUAUUGAAUUGAUGUUAAGACAAGUAUAACGUUUUUAAAUGUUGAAAAAGGGAAACAUUAUUAUAUCAUUGGAAAUGGUUAGAAAAUGUAAGCUUUGGUUUACAUUUGGUGUACUUUCUCUUAAUUUCUUACGCAUGUAUUGAAUGUUAAAUCUCAAGAACCAUAUUGCAUCUGUUAUUGAUUUCAGAAUAUAUCAAAUGUUAAAUGUCAAAUGGGAAGGGAGGUUUAAUUCCAUAACACCAUUCACGCGCUAUCCUUGCCGGCCCGCGGGGGGCGACAUUCCUACGUCUCUUCUCUAUCAUUUACAUGUAGAAAAAAUGGCGGAGCGGAGCUGCGGAGGUUCCAUCGGCUGAGCACCUGGCGGUUUACACACAACUCACGGGCACAGUCAUCGCGGACGGGGCCGCCGUGUGGGGAGGACACUGCCGUAGGUGCGGGGCGAAGUCUAUCUCUGAACUGGCAGAGAUUUUCAUCUAUAGUUUCCCCUCGAAACGAGACGCUGGAGCCGAGUGAGGAGCCACGAAAACAAGUCAUGAACGGGGACUGUAAAAAACACGACCAAUCAGAAAGUUCAGCCUGAAGAGAGUGAUUGGAUGAACCAGCUUUCUCUUGCCUGUGCGCACUCCGCUCGUUCACCACACAGUCGGGCGUGUGACCAGUCUCCUACACAGCGUCUUCAAACAAGCUCCAGUAGCUCCGGUAGCUCCGGUAGCUCCAGUAGCCGAGUUGCUGCACUGAACUAAAGAAGAAAAGAGUUGCAGAACGGCAUAGAAAGUGUCUACAACAGCUUCCGGUCGCAACAGACAGAACAGUGGAGACGGCUACGGACACAAAGAGGUUGGAGACUACAGGAGGAGUGAACAGAGUAAACAUCGUGUGGCUCUUCACCGCUGGCGUCAACUCCGGGAGGAGAAGAGGGUGAAAGGUAAUUUUCUGCUUCAUUUCGGUGAAAGCGGUUUAUGUUCUCCAAUUGUGUUACCAACAGAAGUGUUGGGAAGCUUGUGUGUUUAUCAGCCAGCGCCACUAGGUAAGUUAGCUAACGCUACGUUAGCUUGUGUCUAUCUACAGCUAAAGCUGCCUGUGUGUUCGCCGGGUGUCGUCACUGUAGCUGUGAGCAAAUGUCGCUUGAUUGUUUAUCUAUAUCCGCUCUGAACGGGACGUAGCGUUACGCGUGGGUGCGUGUCUGUGUGUGCGUGCGUGUGCGCGUUUAUGGUGAGAAUGCUUGGUGUACGUGGUUAGAGGCUUGUAGUAGCAGUUGAUGUGCAUGUUGCAGUCUGUGUGCAAUAAUAAAUGCCGCAAUGCCGGGCAUGAGGGGCAGGUCCCGAGGACGGGCAGGUCCCGGAGCAAUGCAGGGCUUCGGCCCUAGAGAAACCGUCUCCCUGCUCCCAGACUACGAUCUGGACGACGGGCAGGAAAUGAAAUGAAAAGUACUGUUCAAUGUAAGGUAAUGUGAAUAUUUCACUAAGUUGACCUCCUUUCUCUUAUACCAGGUACAGCAAGUUGUACAUGAAGAAGUCCAGGACCUGGAUGUUUUCUGCCACGGACCAGACCACUGAGACCAGACGAUACCCUUCAACAGCUAGAGAAGCAGGAUAUAGUAUGCAAUUCAGUUACUGUCUUAAGCCGCGCCAAAUCCACAUCCCCAGGUCAGGAUGAAAUGGCGAUCAAGUUGACUCAGGAAGGGAGAUGCCCUCCAAUAACUUCACAGCAAAAUGAGGCUCAGAGGCAGGGAGAGGGCUGGAGAACAAACACCAUCACUACACCGAAAGAGUCAAAGAGCCAGUGUUCACCCUGCUGGUCAGAUGAACAGCUGUCGCCUCCGCAGCUCUACUGCACUCAAACCAUCCUCCACUCCCCCACUGAACCCUCCCUGCCGCUCGGUAACAGCCUAUGUCACAGUCUCCUCCUCAGCAACAACGGCAGCGCUCUCCACGGCCAACAGAGGAGAGAAGUCCGCCCCAGGGUCGGAGGAAAGAAGCCACCGCGAAGAAUUGCAGCUGGGAAAAACUCCCAAAACAGAAAGGUCACAGACUACUAUCCAAUAAGACGAAGCUCAAGAAAAAGUAAGACGGUUUUAAAGUGUGAACAAAAGAAGCUCAUAGACGAUCUCAUCGCGAAGGGAAUAGAGGAAGGAAUGGAGGUGCAGCAUAUAGAAGGAAAAGGGAGAGCAGUGUUUGCCACUCGGUGUUUCCAGAAAGGAGAGUACGUGGUGGAGUACCACGGAGACCUGCUGCAGAUCACCGACGCCAAUAUGAGGGAGGCCGAAUACGCUCAGAACCCCGCGACUGGCUGCUACAUGUACUACUUCCAGUACCUCUGCAAAACAUACUGUGUGGACGCCACAAAAGAGACUGGUCGAAUGGGUAGGUUGAUAAAUCAUAGUAAGAAUGGAAACUGCCAAACCAAACUCCACGACAUCAACGGUAUCCCUCACCUCAUCCUCGUCGCCUCUCGAGACAUUGACGAGGGCGAGGAGCUGCUGUACGACUAUGGCGACCGCAGUAAAGCCUCCAUCGCAGCCCAUCCGUGGCUCAAGUUCUGACUGAGGGGACCUCGUAAACAGAAAAGAAAAGAAGGGAAAAAUACAGUAACACUUGUGUUUCUCUUUUGCUAGUGUACAAAAUGCCUUAGAAACAGAACGUGUGCCAUCUUUGUUCCAAUAUUAAGGAAGCUGGAUGGGUCACGUGGCUGUUAAUGUGGCCGAGGGGUCGAUCGAUUGAGGUCUGUCUGCCUCGUCAGAUUAAAUCUGUCGUUUUAUUUAAAAUAUGUGUAUAUGAGGCAUUGUAGUUGUUUUGCAGCACAUUUAUUUUUUACAUUUUGUAUUACCUAUAGACCAAUGCUCUGACAGCAUGCACGUGGUGGUUGAGGCACUGCGUUUUUUAUACUGCUUUUUUCCUAAUUAGUGGUUAGAUACUUCCAGCAAUACUUCUAUUUAUGGCCCUGGAUCCCCGUUUGAAUCGGCGAGAAUGAUGCGACACACGAACAACCCUUUUUCAAAGACACAUUCUGUCAGAGUGGAAUUUAAUUUCAGCCAUUAAAAUCUCACAAACUACCGUUGUUUUCAAGGAGUGUAGUAGUUCACCACACUCAUGGUUCAGGUGGCAUUGUGGGUACUGAUUACGAAAAAGAUAUUUGACACUGGAUUCAGGUAUUAUACUUUUUUAAAUGUGAAAUAACAGUAUUCAACAUAGUCUUUCCUCCUGCGAUCAAGGGUCUUUUUAGUCUUUAUAACAUACGUUUUAAUGUUUACGGUGCAUGUUUGAAUUAAGUGUUCAAAUAAUGCAGAUAGGUGUAGACAGUUUCAUAUUUUAUGUAUCUUUACAGGUAAAUGUGUAUGAAAGUUUGUUUUCAAUCAAUCUAUGAUUUGUGCGCUGAAUUUCUGCGACCUCCACUGGCUUACCAGGUGUUUUCAGCAGUCGGGUCGUCUUUUUAAUUUCCUGACAUUCUCCAUAUCACUGCUCUGUAAAUAUAUUUAUUUGCUUGCUGUUGCAAAGUCAGGGGUGAAUUUAGGAAAAGGUUUGACCUUUUGGGAAAUACGUUUUACUUCAAAUUUUAAUUUAGAUCUAUGAGAAUUUUAAAAACCUGAAUAUCAUUCUUUAUCACUGUUUGCUUUGUGAGGCUGGGAUGGAGUUUAUCCUGUCACAACCUUCCUGUCAUGUUAACUGGCUCGUUGAGUUCAGACGAAGGGGAAGAGUAACAAUGAAGCUUCCAGUCAUGUUUGAUGUCCACAAAACGUACGAUGAAUGUAAAACAUCUUUUCUCAUAUAGGAACUAAUGUAAACUUUUAUCAAAAAGCUACAACCUAAUGAUAAUUUGCAUAGAAAAAUUUUGCAUAAGAAAAUGUAUUCAGUGUUUAUUAGGUACACCUGUGGUCUACAAUGCAGUCCAAUACAACAGCUCACCCAUAAAUGCUACCUUUACAAAGAUAAUAAUGUCCACUUUCUGUUGACUCAAUCAGAGAGGGUUUAGUUUUACUGUAAUAAUGUGUUUAUUAUUGAGGUUGCAGUUUGCAGCAGAGACUGUAAUUAUAUCGAGAGGUGUGUCCACCUCAUUCACAAACAUCAGGGGAUAGAACACUAUUAGAAACAUGUGUCAGUACAGUUUGGUCCAGCUAAACAACGCUGCACACUACAACCUUUAUAAUGAAUAUACACCCGAAUGUAUCAAAAGCUAUAAUCUGUAAUCUAAAUGUGAAAUUAAUAUUUUAGCAAAUUCUUUUGUCUUGUUUUUAGAAUUUACAGUCAAAAUUGGUACAUGUAAGUCUACCCAAUGAUUAAGUAACCAGGAAGUGUAGUUUCAGCUUAGUGGUAAUGAGCUAAAGGGUCUUAUUAAUGUAUAUUAUUAUUUGAGGAGCUGGAGAAGAGGAGUGGCAGAUUAAUUGUAACACAGCAGUUUUUUUUGUUAGGGGACGCUCCCCAAAUGCCUCAAAAUAAAAGCAUCAAAUCUGACAUCUCAGCACGUUUCCCAAGAUAUCAAAUGAUUCCAUUCAAAAAUGAAUCUGGUAAAGUAUCUGCUGGAAAACAACAUGUACGCAGUUUUAUUUUUUUUUUAAAGCAAAGGCUUGAAUGUGUCAUAUAAAUUUCAUGCACACAACACACAUGCAACCUUGGGUCAGAUGAACUAUUACACUCCCACUUUCUACAUCUGUUUUUGUCGCUCACAAAGCUAUCAUAUAUUUCAAUAACUAGACAUUCAUUGUGAAAACUGUAUUUAUGUAUUAAUUAGUUUAUUUAACAGCUGAACCAACAGGUCUUAUUUUUUUUACUUAAUUGUUUUAGUAGCUUUUUCAAAUGUAUUAUUGAGGCCAGAAGGUCCAAGAGUUCUGUCACUUACAAUCACAUACUUAAAAUAUAAUAUAUACGGUUAAUCUUUUUAAUUAACUCGAUCUAUGUUUCAGAGUCCUCCAGAAAACACUUUAUCAAAUAUAACUAAUAGUUUCAACCCUAAUAAUACAAUUAUUAGCAAUACGUGAAUCCGUCUGUCAACACUUUGACACUCAAAAAUGUCAUAAAACAACUGGUCACGGUAUUGACAGUUGAAAUGGGGGCAUUUGUUGGGGACUAUUUUCCGUGGUGAAUUAAUCCACGUUUGGCACUGUAGGAUGGGGUGUGUGGGACUGAGUCAAAAUAAACUAAGUGUGUGUUCAUGGUGAUGAAGGAACAUAUCGCAGUGAGACACUGUUUUUGGACAAACAAUGGAGGAAUAAGAUCCAUCAGGCUCUGAUCACACAAACACAAGCACGCACACAAUGCUUGUUAGCAGAUCAAUUCAUUGCUGGUUGUGGUCUUUUUUAUGGGAUGUGUUUACAGUCAGAAAAAAAUGUAAUUGGUUCAGCACAAGCACGAUGAAUUGAAAUGAAUCUGUUUUGGCACUCGUCUUUUUUUCUGUCUCCCAAUGAAGUAGCAAAUAUUUUACCAGUGUUCACAUGAAAUGCAUCUUCCCUUUUUCUAGCAGGGCAACACAUUGUCAUUGAUUUGUAUUAUUCCUAGUAUGAUGUAAAUUUUAACAGUUUUUAUACUAUGAGUUUGGUGUAGUUAUUUCUGGUAUUCCUGAGGCUCUUGUCUUAAAGAAAUAGGUUCACAUUUUGGGAGGUUCACUUAUUUGCAUUCUUGCUGAGAGUACAUUUUUUCGCGGACACCUGAAUUUCAUUAUUUGUAGCAGCUAUAUUUCAAACUUGCACUAAUGUGGGACCCAACAAAACGUUAUCCAUCCUCUCUUCAUACGUCUCAAUUGCGAAUCUCUAAUCAUGAAAGGACUAAGUUUCCCAAACAUUCAGUCUAUGAUUGAAUUCCAGGAUUAAUUCAAAGAGCCCAUGUGAAAAAGAGUUUAGGAAAUGCACUGUGUUGAAGACGUAAUACAUUUCCUCCUUCUGUACACUUCCCCUGUCACCUCUAACAGUAGUAAUGUGUCACAAGUGUGAAAUGUUUUCAUAUGAGCCUUUUCAAACAUCUAUGUUGCCUUUUGGAUGAUUUGUUUUUUAUUUAUUUAUGUAGAACUAAUGCAAUAAUACCUGAGGGGCAAAACUGACCUGUUGGCCAUUUUAGGACAUAAUAAUUUUUUUGCUGUUGUAACGUCGAAUAAAUCUUAAUGCUGGGGUUUAGGCAUCAAUGAAUAAAGAUGUAUUAUGCAAGUAA